CCCUUUUCUCUCUUCUCUCAAACAACAUCAGUCUAUACAUAUUCUUCUCCGCGCUGCUUAACAACACCCAAUUUUUUCUUCAUUUUCUCUCUGCGAAGUAUAGAUUCUCAAAAAGAACAACAAAAAUGUUCGGAGUCGUCUUCCCUAAUCGGAGCUUUCCAAUGGAUAUCUCCGCAUUCGCCCAAAUUGACACUACCCAUUGGCUCCUAGACAUGAAUACCUUCGUGGGGGAAGCGUAUGAUUCGAUUAGAGAAGUCUGUAUCUUUCUUCUCAAUGGUAUGACUCUUCCUCCUGAUAAAGCAUUAGCUGUGUAUAUUCAAUCGCCCGGAUCGCAAUUCUUUUUCUGUGGCGCAAUCACCCUUACCCGCCCAUCUGCUGUGUUGACUUUGCCAUGGCCUGAGCCAACAGCGGACGCAGUCCCUCUUUCUGCAAAGAUUGGUGUUUCAGUAGAGGAUCUGACUACCCUUCCUUCACUAGAUGUAACAGCAGGUCAAAGGAUUGAACAUUUGGCUAUGAAAGUUGGGGAAAAUCUGUUCAAUUUUAUGCAGUCAUAUUGUAAUGUUGAUGGUAGUAAACUUGUUGUGCCAAUGAAUAUAUUGGAUAGAUGGUUUAAGAAGUUUCAGGAACGAGCUAAAAGAGAUCCUGAGUAUCUUAAAGGGUUUGUUUUGUAGAUUUGUAUCUCAAUUUGACAUAUUCCAGAUUUGAUCCUGAGAUCCUUUGUUUAUGAGUUGGUUCUUUUGUUUUGUAGAUUUGUAUCUCAAUUAGACAUACUCCAGAUUUGAUCCUGAGAUUCUUUCUUUGUGAGUUGGUUCUUAAUAUUAACAUUGAAUUCUUACUAUUUUUGCCUUUUGUA